AUGGAGAUAUUAACAAUUGCUUCAGGUCAUUCAGUGAAGCAGUCACCAUCAGAUACAUACACAGUUAUCGUUGUUUGCACAUCUGUUGGAGGUUUUUUGCUGCUGGCCGUGAUACACGUGUGGCAAAUGACAGUUAUUUACAGUUGUAUGUCGUUUUAUGAAGAUAUGCAUAUCCUCUCGCACGGUUCAACACCUCUUCUACCAACAGAUGCUACUGAUAGCAUAAAACCUCAAUUGUCGUUUGAUUCACUCGCAGCCAGCAGAUCGAACGCUGUUCUUGAAACGUCGAAUUAG